AUGUAUUGGAAUCAAAGCAAGUCGGGUGUUUAUACUGUGAAAACAGGCUAUGUGGUGGCAAAAGAGGGGAGGGAUAACAUAGACAAUAGGUUAGUACAUAAUUCUGACACUAGUUGGGAGAUUAGGAAGCAUACGGUGUGGAAAAAACUAUGGAGUUUGAAUAUUAAGUUGAAGCUGAAGCAUUUCCUUUCGAGAUGUCUACAAAAUGGGCAGGCCACGAAUGAAGCAAUCCAUCACAGAAUUGGAAAGGGAAGUGUCUGGUGUCAUGGCUGUGGGGAAGGUACAGAAACAAUCGAGCACAUUUUCUUUUUCUGUCCCAAAGCCCAACUAGUCUGGAGGCUAGCGCCUGUGAGGUGGGAUGGAUUAGUGGAGCUACAAUGCAAUAUGUGGAGAUGGUGGGAGGCUGUGGUGGAUUCAGCAGGGGAAGCAAAUGGAGCUGAACGCAUCCAACUCACGGUAAAUGUCUUUUGGCAGCUAUGGAAAGCUAGGAACAAAAUGGUGUUCCAGAUGGAGAACGUGGAUGCAAAAGCUAUUGUCGACAAAGCUCAACUGGAGUGGCUGGAAUAUAUUGCGGCUAAUGAAACAGACCACCAAACACAUGCUUCACUAGAAAUGGAGGUACACGUUCCGCAACAUUGGGAGCCACCCAAGGAAGGUAUUAUGAGAAUCAAUACGGAUGCAGCAAUUUCAGCUAAAAUGGUCAGGACCGGAUUGGGAAUCAUCGCAAGGAAUUGGCAUGGGCAGAUUGUGAAAGCUCAAGGGAUCAUAGGAAAAAGAAGAAGUGAUGUGGCCACAGAGGAAUCUCUGGCCAUCAGAGGCGCAUUGGAGAUGGCUCAGUUUGCAGGAUGGACAAAAAUAGAAGUCCAAUCUGACUGCAAGAAUAUUGUGAGCUCUAUUAACUCAGGCAAUGUUCAGGAUUGUAAACUUCAAACAAUCCUUGAAGACAUUGAGGCCCUAAAGAAUAGCUUUGAUAGCUGCCUGUUCUCUUUUGUUCCCAGAACCGUGAAUGCUUGUAGUCAUGCACUGGCUCAGUUUGCAGUUAGGUCGGUUCGAAAUUUUGAAUGGGAAGAUUUAUUUCCAAUAUGGCUAUCGCAGUUAGCUAGUAAGAAUAUGGGGUAG